CGCGCGGCGGGGCGGGCGGCGUGGGCGGCUCGGGCGGAGCGCCUGGACCCGCAGCCCGCGUCGCAGGCUCCCCGCCACCCGCGGGCCUGGAACUCGUGACUGCUGCCAGACCCUCCCCUCCUCCCCGGCAUUUUCAUCUAAAUUGCCGGGACAAAAUCGAGUAAAACUAGGGAGGAGGGGACCAUGCACUAAUGACUUAACUGCGGGUCUUUAUGAAACAGAUAAUACUGAAUCCUUUGGCGAGAAACGUUUGCCGGUGAAGGUUAAUAGUAAAGGCAGAGUGAUUAAAAGCUCCUUGAAGAGCUUGUGUUUAUGUUCUAUUCUUUGCAUUUAACAUAGACGUAGUUGCGGAGGUAUGAAAACUUGGGAUUUAUAUCCUGCUGGAGGAUGAGAUGAAAGGGAUGGUAUUUUUUACCAUUAGUUUCCUUCCGACCAAGUGUCUUGCACAGCGUUGUACGUCACCAGUAGCCUGCCUGGCUGGUGUCCUGCCUUGGUGCCCUCCCCUCGUCAGCCGUCCACGUGCUCCAACCUAUGAACUGGAUAGCUUCACCCCCCUUGCUCAAAAUCCAAUCACAGCCGCCUAUUUCUUUAAAACCCUGAUUCUUGGUGUAGUAAAGGUGAACCAGGUUUUCUGGCCUCCCUACAAGGGACGCCUCUACCUCCCCAAAGCCAACCGAGGUGCUGCUUUCCCCUUCCCUGACAUCUUGUACGUAGCUUUGUCAUUACCGCGUUUAUCAUGUUGGAAGCCCUUUAAGCUCCUAGGAAUUUUAGAUGUUGAAAACAUUCCCUGUGCACGGGAUUCGAUAUUAUAUGGUUCAUUAGGAUCUGUCGUGGCUGGCCUUGGACAUUUUUUGUUAACUAGCAGGAUUAGAAGAUCAUGUGAUGUUGGAGUAGGAGGAUUCAUCUUGGUGACUUUAGGAUGCUGGUUCCAUUGUAGGUAUAAUUAUGCAAAGCAGAGAAUCCAAGAAAGAAUUGCCAGACAAGGAAUUAAAAAUAAGAUAUUAUAUGAAAGCACCCACCUUGAUCCUGAAACAAAACAAACCAACAGCAGCAGCAGCAAUUAAGCAACUUGAGCACAGAAAAUCAAUGUGAACAAAGCUGAGAUUAACCACAUAAAGCAUUUUAUGUACAAUAAGCUGGCAAUAAGUAAAUAAAGUACGUGUAAGUUGUAGUCUUUUUUUU